AUGGGCGAAUCCAUCAAGGCCUUGGUCGAGAGACUUAUCCGUAAGACAGUGUUCACAUUCCUGGUCAAUGAUCGCCCACUCUGCGAGAACAAGGUUAUGUUCUUUGGCAAGAGUUACUGCCCCCACUGCAAGAAUGCAAAGUCGGUCUUGGCCGCCAAGGGUGUCCAGUACAAGGCGUAUGAGAUCGAUCUUGAGGCCAAGGGAGCUGAGGUUCAGGAUUACUUGCAGCAAAAGACCGGUCUGCGCACUGUCCCCAAUAUCUUCAUCAACACUCACCACCUUGGAGGUAACUCUGAUCUGAUCGUUGCAAAGGAGAGUGGAAAGCUCGACAAGAUGUUAGGCACCAAGUCUGAGCUGUAG